GAUCACGCCCUAGAUUCGCUCUCUCUCAAUAUGAUUUUUUACGUCAAUCUUCUUCUUCUUCUUCCUCCUCACUGUUUGAAUAUUGAUUAAGAAGCCUCAACAGGAUCCAUCAAUUUCUGAAGCCCAACAAACAAAUCUCCUGUUCUGCUGAUUUUCCCCGGUGGAAUCCCCGUCUUCUACUUCACUCAUUGUUCCAAAUCUCCACUCCGGCACUAGCGUUGAUUUCCCACUCGCUUUUCUUAGUUUUAUUCCUGAUUUGGUUGGAUUUUAGAUUGUUCUUCCUCCUUUGUGCCCUUGAUCUGUACAAUUUUUUUCUUAAAAGAAAAAAAUAAAAUAAAAUUAAUAGAAAGGAUUGAUAUGCCAAACAAAUAUGUCAUUCAAAAGCUUUUUUCGCGAGCUAAGGGAAAUGAAAAAUGGGAUUAGAAUCAGACCGAAGCGAGGGGGAGAAGGGAGGAAUUGGCGAAGUCGUUCAAGGGCACAUAUUGCACCUGAUGAGGUGCCUCCUCAACCUGAAGUAAUACAACAAGGGCAGUGGGCAAAUUUGCCUCCUGAGUUGCUUUUGGACAUAAUUCGAAGAGUUGAAGAGAGUGAAACGUCGUGGCCUGCUAGGACUGUUGUUCUUUUCUGUGCUUCAGUUUGCAAGUCAUGGAGAAAAAUUACACAGGAAAUUGUUAAAACUCCUGAGCAGUGUGGGAGGCUCACGUUUCCCAUUUCGCUUAAACAGCCGGGACCUCGAGACUCUCCAAUUCAAUGCUAUGUUAGAAGGCAUAGAGCAACUUCAACCUAUCUUCUAUACUCCGGAUUGGUGCCUUCGGAGAAUGAAGGUGAUAAACUCUUAUUAGCAGCCAAGAGAAUAAGAAGGGCUACGGGUACAGAUUUUGUUAUAUCUUUGGUAGCUGAUGAUUUUUCUUGGGCUUGCAGUACCUAUGUGGGUAAAUUAAGGUCCAACUUUUUUGGCUCAAGAUUCACCAUGUAUGAUAGUCAACCACCAGUUCUCACUGCAGGACGACAGAGCAAUCAAUCAAAUCGAAGGUUUCAUGCCAAGCAAGUCUCUCCACCAAUGUCAGCUUGCAACUACUCUAUAGGGUCAGUCUCUUAUGAGCUUAACAUUCUACGAACUAGAGGACCACGAAGAAUGCGCUGUGUCAUGCAGUCAAUCCCUGCAUCUUGCAUUCAACAGGGAGGAAAUGCACCGACACCAACCUCAUUCUCGUCCUGCCUCAAUGACCAUCAUCACCACCCACCUUUACCGACUUCUAAAGGAAAGAAGUCAGACAUAGAUUUCCGUUCCACAAGUAUCACUGAGCCACCAGUUCAAGAAUUGGGAGAAUCUUUGGUUCUCAAGAACAAGGCUCCCAGAUGGCAUGAACAGCUCCAAUGCUGGUGCUUGAACUUCAGAGGGCGUGUGACAGUGGCUUCUGUAAAAAAUUUCCAACUCGUGGCCGAUGUCGAUCCGGCCCUUGAUGUGUCAGUUGAAGAACAAGAGAAGAUAAUAUUGCAGUUUGGAAAAAUUGGAAAGGACAUCUUCACGAUGGAUUAUCGCUACCCGCUCUCUGCUUUCCAAGCCUUUGCGAUCUGCUUAAGCAGCUUUGACACCAAACCAGCCUGUGAAUAGUAAUACAUCCAAUUCUCAGUGAUUCAGAAAGUUAAAAGAGUUCAGCCCAUGAACUUGAUUGUUUCUUACAAAACUCCGUCUCUUUACUUUGAAGCCUUUUCAACUGGAAGGUAAAGCAUUGCACAGCCAUUCCACAGUCCAGGGUUAUGGAGCUGAACUUGAUGUAUGCGUUUCUCACAUCUGUUGAUCUGAGAUUGUUUUAUAUUUUCACCAUCUCCUUGUUAAUGGAAACUUCACUUCUUCAUCUAUAUCAAUCCAUGUUGUUCUAUAGUCA